CGCAGGAGGUCCGGUCCCUCGGCGCAGCCGGACGCGAUCGCCGCCGUCACCGGGAGCCGCCGCCCCGCCCGCCGGGACCGCCGGUCUCCCGAGCUGGCCAGGAUGGCGCAGUGGAACCAGCUGCAGCAGCUCGACACGCGCUACCUGGAGCAGCUCCACCAGCUCUACAGCGACAGCUUCCCCAUGGAGCUCCGGCAGUUCCUGGCCCCCUGGAUUGAAAGCCAGGACUGGGCCUAUGCUGCCAGCAAGGAGUCUCAUGCCACGCUGGUGUUCCACAACCUGCUGGGGGAGAUUGACCAGCAGUACAGCCGCUUCCUGCAGGAGUCCAACGUCCUCUACCAGCACAACCUGCGCCGCAUCAAGCAGUUCCUGCAGAGCAGAUACCUGGAGAAGCCAAUGGAGAUCGCCCGCAUCGUGGCUCGCUGCCUCUGGGAAGAGUCCCGGCUCCUCCAGACAGCUGCUACUGCAGCCCAGCAAGGGGGACAGGCAACACAUCCCACAGCAGCUGUGGUGACAGAGAAGCAGCAGAUGCUGGAGCAGCACCUGCAGGAUGUCAGGAAGAGGGUGCAGGAUCUGGAGCAGAAGAUGAAAGUGGUGGAAAAUCUCCAGGAUGACUUUGAUUUUAACUACAAGACUUUGAAAAGCCAAGGAGACAUGCAGGACCUGAACGGGAACAACCAGUCAGUGACCAGGCAGAAGAUGCAGCAGCUGGAGCAAAUGCUGACAGCACUGGACCAGAUGCGCAGGGGCAUAGUGAGUGAGCUGGCUGGGCUGCUCUCAGCCAUGGAGUAUGUGCAGAAGAUGCUGGCAGAUGAGGAACUGGCAGACUGGAAGAGGAGACAGCAGAUUGCCUGCAUUGGUGGCCCACCCAAUAUCUGCCUGGACAGGCUUGAGAACUGGAUAACCUCCCUCGCUGAAUCACAGCUACAGACCCGGCAGCAGAUCAAGAAGUUGGAAGAACUGCAGCAAAAAGUGUCCUACAAGGGUGACCCAAUCGUGCAGCACCGGCCCAUGCUGGAGGAGCGCAUCGUGGAGCUGUUCAGGAACCUGAUGAAAAGUGCUUUUGUGGUGGAGAGGCAGCCCUGCAUGCCCAUGCACCCUGACAGGCCCCUGGUCAUCAAGACAGGUGUGCAGUUCACCACCAAAGUCAGGUUGUUGGUCAAGUUCCCAGAGCUGAACUAUCAGCUGAAAAUCAAAGUCUGCAUUGACAAGGACUCCGGGGACGUUGCAGCACUUCGUGGGUCCCGCAAGUUUAACAUCCUGGGGACCAACACCAAGGUGAUGAACAUGGAGGAGUCAAACAAUGGCAGCCUCUCAGCAGAGUUCAAGCACCUGACCCUGAGGGAGCAGCGCUGUGGCAAUGGAGGCAGAGCCAACUGUGAUGCCUCGCUGAUAGUCACUGAGGAGCUGCACCUCAUCACUUUUGAGACAGAGGUGUAUCACCAGGGGCUGAAGAUCGACCUGGAGACCCACUCACUGCCUGUGGUGGUCAUCUCCAACAUCUGCCAGAUGCCCAACGCCUGGGCAUCCAUCCUGUGGUACAACAUGCUGACCAACAACCCCAAGAACGUGAACUUCUUCACCAAGCCCCCCAUUGGCACCUGGGACCAGGUGGCAGAGGUGCUGAGCUGGCAGUUCUCCUCCACCACCAAGCGCGGGCUCAGCAUCGAGCAGCUCACCACGCUGGCAGAGAAACUGCUGGGACCAGGUGUGAAUUACUCUGGCUGUCAGAUCACCUGGGCCAAGUUCUGCAAGGAGAACAUGGCUGGCAAAGGCUUCUCUUUCUGGGUCUGGCUGGACAACAUCAUUGACUUGGUGAAGAAGUACAUCCUGGCACUGUGGAACGAAGGGUACAUCAUGGGCUUCAUCAGCAAGGAGCGGGAGCGAGCCAUCCUGAGCACCAAGCCCCCAGGGACCUUCCUGCUGCGCUUCAGUGAGAGCAGCAAGGAGGGUGGCAUCACCUUCACCUGGGUGGAGAAGGACAUCAGUGGGAAGACACAGAUCCAGUCGGUGGAGCCUUACACCAAGCAGCAGCUGAACAACAUGUCCUUUGCUGAGAUCAUCAUGGGCUACAAGAUCAUGGAUGCCACCAACAUCCUGGUGUCCCCUCUGGUGUACCUGUACCCAGACAUCCCCAAGGAGGAGGCAUUUGGGAAGUACUGCCGCUCUGAGAGCCAGGAGCACUCGGAAGCCACGGACUCAGGUAGUGCUGCUCCAUACCUGAAGACCAAGUUCAUCUGUGUCACCCCCACCUCCUUCAGCAACACCAUCGACCUGCCCAUGUCCCCGCGCACGCUGGACUCGCUCAUGCAGUUCGGCACCGGCGGCGAGGGCGCGGAGAGCAACGCAGGGGGGCAGUUUGAGUCGCUGACCUUCGACAUGGAGCUGACCCCAGAGUGCGCGUCCUCGCCCAUGUGAGGGGCUGCGGCUCAGCCUUCCCACCUCCAGAGCCUCCCCUGGAUUUGUCCCACUCGGCUGCAGCUGCUCCAGGAACUGCUGGGGGCCCUGCAUGGGUCAGGUCCUCACCUUACCCAGCCCCUCUCUGGGGUGGUGCAGCUCAUCUCUGGGGGAGGGGGAUGAACCUUUUUCUAUUUCCUUCCAUAACAGUUUUCUAUUAUGUUUGCUCA